UAAUACAGAGGAUAGUAACGAUUUUUCAUUCGAACCAAAUACAUUACACAUCGACGAUGACGAACAAAAUAUUCAAGUUUUUGAUGUUAUUUGUGUUAGCCGCACUGCUCGGCAGCCGACAACAGGCCGUACAGACCAGUGCGCAGAUCAUAAACAUCAACUGCAGCGGCCAACCGGCUAUCUGCGUGGGACCAGCCACCUAUCAGACCUGCGUGGGAGAUGUGGCUACCGGCAAAGUCCUCCCCUGUCCAGCAAAUACGCUCUGUAUUAACGAUGGGCUGGAGAUUUGUGUGCCCGUCAAAUCGGAUGGUGAGGCGUCUUCAGCGGCGGUGGCCAAGAUGACAACAGUCACCGACCAUCCAAUAAUUGGUGGCAGUGGCUCGGCGGCACUUAUCGAGUCUACCACCAGCUCUGCAAACAAUGUGCUUUCCAACAGCACUGAGGGCCUAGUUCCUGCCAAUUCAACAGAGCUGCCCAUUGGCACAACCCCUGUUGUCGUUGAGACGACCAAUGUGCCAGAGGAGGCAACUACAGAUACUACCUUGCAGACAACUGUAGAGCCGAUUGUUGACACAACAACUAAUGCACCCGCAGAGCCUGAUUCAACACUGCCGGCGGACACUACAACUGACGCCACAUUGGAUCCAAUUACGACCGUCGGUCCCAAUUGGGAGACAAGUGCCCCAACACGCCCAACAAAACCAACGCCUGGAAGCUCUACAUCAUCCCCUGUUGAUCCCAAUACACCAGUAGAUCCUAACAUACCCGUGGAUCCAAAUGCACCAGUUGGCCCAGAGGGAACGACAUCACCCCCAACUGAACCCAUUAAUCCCAACACACCUGUGGACCCAGAAGGAACUACAAUAUCAUCAGUUGACCCGACUGCCCCAACUGAACCCAACGCUCCUUUGGAUCCAAAUGCACCAGUUGACCCCAACGCCCCAGUCGACCCCAACACGCCGGUAGACCCUAACGCACCUACUGAUCCCAACGCACCUGAGAACCCAGAGGGAACAACUGCAUCCCCAGUUGAUCCGAAUGCUCCAGUCAAUCCCAACGUCCCAGUAGACCCGAAUGCACCAGUCGAUCCCAACGCACCUGUUGAUCCUAACGUACCUGUGGACCCCAAUGCACCGGUCGACCCCAACACCCCUGAGAAUCCACAAGGAACAACUGUUACCCCAGUGGACACCACUCCUCCAGUAAAUCCAAUCGAUCCUGCCGACCCCAAUGCACCAGUUGAUCCCAACGCCCCUGAGAAUCCAGCGGGAACAACUGUAUCCCCAGUGGAUCCAAAUGUCACACUCAAUCCCAACGCUCCACUGGAUCCCGGUGCACCAGUCGAUCCCAACGUACCAGUGGAUCCCAAUGCACCAGUCGAUCCCAACGCACCAGUCGAUCCCAACGCACCAGUGGAUCCGAACACACCAGUCGACCCCAACGCACCAGUCGACCCCAACGCACCAGUCGAUCCCAGCGCACCAGUAGAUCCCAAUGCACCAGUAGAUCCAAAUGCACCAGUUGAUCCCAACGCACCAGUCGAUCCCAACGCUCCAGUGGAUCCCAACGCCCCAGAGAAUCCAGAAGGAACAACUGUAUCCCCAGUUGAUCCCAAUGCUCCUGUUGGUCCCAACGCUCCAGUGGACCCCAAUGCUCCAGUCGAUCCCAACGCUCCGGUGGGCCCAAAUGCACCAGUCGACCCCAAUGCACCCGUCGAUCCCAAUGCGCCAGUCGACCCCAAUGUUCCAGUGGACCCUAAUGCACCAGUAGAUCCCAGUGCACCGGAAGAUCCCAGUGCACCGGUAGACCCCAAUGCACCAGUCGACCCCAACGCACCAGUCGAUCCCAACGCACCUGUUGAUCCUAACGCACCGGUGGACCCAAACGCUCCAGUCGAUCCGAAUGCACCUGUAGACCCCAAUGCACCAGUGGAUCCCAACGCACCAGUUGACCCCAACGCCCCUGGCAAUCAAGAGGGAACAACUGUAUCCCCAGUGGACCCGAAUGCUCCAGUGGAUCCCAACGCACCAGUCGAUCCAAGUACACCAGUUGAUCCAAAUGCACCUGUCGACCCUAACGCACCAGUCGAUCCAAACGCACCAGUCGAUCCGAAUGCGCCAGUCGAUCCCAAUGCUCCAGUGGACCCUAAUGCACCAGUUGACCCCAACGCCCCUGGAAAUCAAGAUGGAACAACUGUAUCCCCAGUGGACCCGAAUGCUCCAGGCGACCCUAACGCGCCAGUGGAUCCCAAUGCUCCAGUCGAUCCCAACGCUCCAGUGGACCCCAAUGCUCCAGUGGAUCCCAACGCACCAGUCGAUCCAAGUACACCAGUUGAUCCAAAUGCACCUGUCGACCCUAAUGCACCAGUCGAUCCAAACGCACCAGUCGAUCCCAAUGCACCAGUCGAUCCCAAUGCACCAGUUGAUCCCAACGCACCAGUCGACCCUAACGCACCAGUCGAUCCCAACGCACCAGUCGAUCCCAACGCACCAGUUGAUCCCAAUGCACCAGUAGAUCCCAAUGCACCAGUUGAUCCCAAUGCACCAGUCGAUCCCAACGCACCAGUUGAUCCCAACGCACCGGUUGAUCCCAAUGCACCAGUUGAUCCCAAUGCACCAGUAGAUCCCAAUGCACCAGUUGAUCCCAACGCACCAGUUGAUCCCAACGCACCAGUCGACCCCAACGCACCAGUCGAUCCGAACGCACCAGUUGAUCCCAACGCACCAGUAGAUCCCAAUGCACCAGUUGAUCCCAACGCACCAGUCAACCCCAACGCACCGGUUGAUCCCAAUGGACCAGUUGAUCCCAACGCACCAGUUGAUCCCAACGCACCAGUCGACCCCAACGCCCCAGUCGAUCCCAACGCACCGGUCGAUCCCAACGCACCAGUUGAUCCCAAUGCACCAGUAGAUCCAAAUGCGCCAGUCGAUCCCAACGCACCAGUCAACCCUAACGCACCAGUUGAUCCCAACGCACCAGUUGAUCCCAAUGCACCAGUCGAUCCCAACGCACCAGUUGAUCCCAACGCACCGGUUGAUCCCAAUGCACCAGUUGAUCCCAAUGCACCAGUCGACCCCAACGCACCAGUCGAUCCCAACGCACCAGUUGAUCCCAACGCACCAGUCGACCCUAACGCACCAGUCGAUCCCAACGCACCGGUCGAUCCCAACGCACCAGUUGAUCCCAAUGCACCAGUAGAUCCAAAUGCGCCAGUUGAUCCCAAUGCACCAGUGAACCCCAACACACCAGUCGACCCCAACGCACCAGUCGAUCCCAACGCACCAGUUGAUCCCAACGCACCAGUUGAUCCCAAUGCACCAGUAGAUCCCAAUGCACCAGUUGAUCCCAACGCACCAGUUGAUCCCAACACACCAGUUGAUCCCAACGCACCAGUCAACCCCAACGCACCAGUAGAGCCCAAUGCACCAGUUGACCCCAACGCUCCAGUCGACCCCAACGCACCAGUCGACCCCAACGCACCAGUCAAUCCCAAUGCACCAGUUGAUCCCAAUGCACCAGUAGAUCCCAAUGCACCAGUUGAUCCCAACGCACCAGUCAACCCAAGCGCACCAGUCGAUCCCAACGCACCAGUUGAUCCCAAUGCACCAGUUGAUCCCAACGCACCCGUCAACCCCAACGCACCACUUGAUCCCAACGCACCAGUCAACCCUAACGCACCAGUUGAUCCCAACGCACCAGUAGAUCCCAAUGCACCAGUUGACCCCAACGCACCAGUCAACCCCAACGCACCAGUCAAUCCCAAUGCACCAGUAGAUCCCAAUGCACCAGUUGAUCCCAAUGCACCAGUAGAUCCCAAUGCACCAGUUGAUCCCAACGCACCACUUGAUCCCAACGCACCAGUCAACCCCAACGCACCAGUCAAUCCCAAUGCACCAGUUGAUCCCAAUGCACCAGUGGACCCCAACACACCAGUCGAUCCCAACGCACCAGUUGAUCCCAACACACCAGUUGAUCCCAACGCACCAGUCGUUCCCAACGCACCAGUUAAUCCCAACAAACCAGUUGAUCCGAAUGCGCCAGUGGACCCUAAUGCACCGGUGGACCCUAAUGCACCGGUAGAUCCCAAUGCCCCAGUGGACCCCAAUGCACCAGUUGAUCCCAAUGCACCAGUGGACCCCAACACACCAGUCGAUCCCAAUGCACCAGUUGAUCCCAACGCACCACUUGAUCCCAACACACCAGUCGACCCCAACGCACCAGUCGAUCCCAACGCACCAGUUGAUCCCAACGCACCAGUCAACCCCAGCGCACCAGUCGAUCCCAACGCACCAGUUGAUCCCAACACACCAGUUGAUCCCAACGCACCAGUCGAUCCCAACGCACCAGUUAAUCCCAACAAACCAGUUGAUCCGAAUGCGCCAGUGGACCCUAAUGCACCGGUGGACCCUAAUGCACCGGUAGAUCCCAAUGCCCCAGUGGACCCCAAUGCACCAGUUGAUCCCAAUGCACCAGUGGGCCCUAAUACACCAGUUGAUCCCAAUGCACCAGUAGAUCCAAAUGCGCCAGUUGAUCCCAACGCACCGGUGAAUCCCAAUGCACCAGUUGACCCCAACGCUCCGGUCGAUCCAAACGCGCCAGUGAAUCCCAACAAACCAGUUGAUCCCAAUACACCGCUUGAUCCCAGCUCCCCAGUGAACCCAAAUUCUCCAAUUGAUCCCAAUAUACCCAUCAUCCCAUCUGUUCCCUCUGUCCCUUCAGUUCCUUCGUAUCCAGGUCGUCCGGGCUCAUGGCCACAUCCAUGGCGCCCGAAUCAACCCAUUCACCCUGUGCACCCAGGACACCCAAGACCACCCAUUCGACCAAUUCCCCAACAUCCUUUCUGGCCGCAACGUCCCCAGCAACCAGGUAACGGAAAUGGCAGUAACAAUGGUAAUGGCCAGAAUAUACCGACUGUAAAGCCCUUCUGGCCGAAUUGGUAUGACUGGGUCAACAGCUGGCGGCCAUCUAAAAAGCCUGCCCAGCCCACCGCUGCUCCCACACCAGCCCCGACUCCAGACAGCAACAAGUCGGAAACAAAUGAGUCUGUAGAGCAACCAUCUGGUGGACCCAUCUCCAAUGAGAAUGCCUCGGUUGAAGAGAGCAACAAGGACAAGAAGAAGCCAAAGCCUGCUGAGGACCAGUCCAAGGAGCAGGAGCAUAAGAAACCUGCCUCUAAUGAGAACAGCUCUGACGAGAAGAAGGACAAGGACAACAAGCCGAAAGAAUCGAAAGAGGAUAAGAAGAAGGACAGCAGCAAGUCAAAAGAUUCAAAGGAGGAAAAGGAAAACGAUAAGAAAAAAUCCAAUAGCUCUACUGAGGAAAAGAAUGACAAGAAGAACAAAAAAAAGUCAAAGGAUUCCAAUGAGGAGAAAGACAGCGAACAGAAAAAAUCCAAUGAAGAUGAUGACAACGACGAUCUGAGCUCCAAGGAGAAAAAGCAAUUCGUUAAGAACGUUAUCAAGAAGCUGAAGGAUGAAGAGGAAUGCGAUGAGGACGACGUCUAUCCAGAUGUGCGCGAUUGCCGAAAGUAUUACCGCUGCGAGAUCAAGAAGUCUGGCAAGCAUAGGUUUGUGCAUCUGCGCUGCGAUAACAAGGAGCGUUUCGACUACCGCACUCUCAAGUGCGUGUCCAAGGAUGAUGCCACGUGUCUGCACAAGUAGAGACGACUAUCGACAAUGCCGAACCAAAUAGACGGAAACGAAAACUGUAGCAUUCAUACUAUAUAAUCUCAAAAUAAAUUCAAUGAUAUUAGCAAUGAUA